AUGCCUCGUAUGCAUCCCCCCAAUGCACCAUUGUUCAUCAUCAUCAUCAUCAGCAUCUGCUCCCAUGUGUGCGUGUGCCAUCCAUGCAAAUGUCUGAUUCGCAUUCAUGCACUCCUCCCUGCCAUGUCUUCUCCGCAAAGCUUGAGCGUUUCAGUCGACUUGUCCAAAGUUACAUAUUCACCGCUAGAUGGAGUCAAGCGAGCUGUCAUUGGCCUAGCUCCGGUACCUACGUUUGACCUUCUUAUCGAUAGCUGCCCUUGGACAAUAAGCCUGCCCCCUCCAUGUCAACCUCCUAGCCUCCUCAAACUCUAA